ACGGGACUCCACGCAUCCUAGCAACGACCUGCUGUCCUCUGAUUGGCUGGCCCCUUCGCGGCCGCCAUUUUCAAACCCCGGAAAAUGGUGGCGGCGGCGCGCUCCUGACCGGAACUGCUGCGGGGGCAGAAGCGGCCGCGCGAGGUGCCCGUCCCUGCGGGUCUCCUGGGCACGCGGCCACCUCCUCCCCGCCACCUCCGCGCCAUGGGGCCAGAGCAGACAACCCAGAAACAGCCCCCGCCGCAGAGGCGAAGCCGCCGGGCCUCCAGUCUUAGUGCUGGCGGCGCCGCGGGGCCUUCCGCCGACACCCCCGACCCCAGGCCGGACGGCAGAUAUUCCCUUCGGAGAGGUAGCUCCUUCACAUUUUUAACACCUGGCCCCCAUUGGGACUUCACUUUGAAAAGAAAACGAAGAGAGAAAGAUGAUGAUGUUGUAAGCCUUAGCAGCCUUGAUCUGAAGGAACCAAGCAAUAAAAGAGUUCGACCUUUAACUCGAGGUACAUCCUUGGCAAAUUUAAUCUCUCCUGUGAGAAAUGGAGCAGCCAGAAGCUUUGGUCAUGGAGUACAGCCAUUUACACGUCAUGGUGACAGCAGAUCCCCAGCCUCUGCCCAAAAGUCAUCACGCAGGUCAACAGUCCCAACACCUGCCAAAAGGAGAAGUAGCGUCCUGUGGUCAGAGACGUUAGGCGUCAACACGAGAGAGUCUUUAACUGCCCAAGAAAUCAAACGUCAGGAGGCAAUAUAUGAAAUGUCCCGAGGUGAACAGGACUUAAUUGAAGAUCUCAAACUUGCAAGAAAGGCAUACCACGACCCCAUGUUAAAGUUGUCUAUCAUGUCAGAAGGGGAACUCACACAUAUAUUUGGUGACUUGGAUGCUUACAUACCUUUGCAUGAAGAUUUGUUGGCAAGAAUAGGAGAAGCAACCAAGCCUGAUGGGAGAGUGGAGCAGAUUGGUCACAUUCUUGUGAACUGGUUGCCAGGCUUGAAUGCCUACAAAGGCUACUGUAGUAACCAGCUGGCAGCCAAAGCUCUUCUUGACCAAAAGAAACAGGACCCAGGAGUCCAGGACUUUCUCCAGCGAUGUCUUGAGUCUCCCUUCAGCCGAAAACUAGAUCUGUGGAGCUUCCUCGAUAAUCCCCGAAGUCGCCUAGUCAAGUACCCUUUAUUGUUAAAAGAAAUUCUUAGACAUACUCCAGAAGACCACCCUGAUGUUCAGCUUCUGCAGGAAGCUAUAUUGAUAAUACAAGGACUUCUCUCUGAUAUCAACUUGAAGAAAGGAGAAUCAGAAUGUCAGUAUUACAUCGACAAACUGGAGUAUCUGAAUGAAAGGCAGAAGGAUCCUCGAAUUGAAGCAAGCAAAGUAUUGCUUUGCCACGGGGAGCUGAAGAAUAAAAAUGGACAUAAAUUUUACAUUUUCCUGUUUCAAGACAUCUUGGUUUUGACUCGGCCUGUUACACGAAAUGAGCGUCACUCUUACCAAGUUUACCAACAACCAAUCCCCGUCCAAGAGCUGGUCUUGGAAGACCUGCAGGAUGGAGAUGUGAGAAUGGGAGGGUCCUUUCGAGGGGCUUUCGGCAGCUCACAUAAAGCUAAAAAUAUCUUUAGAGUUGGCUUCCAAGACCCCUCCCCAGGCCAGUCUCACACUCUGCAAGCCAAUGAUGUGUUCCACAAGCAGCAGUGGAUCAACUGUAUUCGAGCUGCCAUAGCCCCUUUCCAGCAGGCCACCAGUCCAGCCGAGCUGCAGGGUUUGCCUGAGCUCCAUGAGGAGUGCGUCGAGAACAACCCCUCUGCUGGGAAUGUCAAAACCCAGAGAAGGGCGUCUACAGCAUCCAGUGUGACUCAGGUCGAAGUUGAUGGGGACGCUUCAGCGUGUAUCACCCCUGCGUGCACCACAGACGACAUGAAGAGUGUCAGAGCGCAGCGAGCACAGCCUGGCUUCCCAAAGCCAAGGGACAAAUCUCCAUUGGGUGGUGAAUGGAAAGAGACUUCAGUAUAAAGGAAGUUGUGUGUAUUACUGGUGCAGAGUCUGUUUAUUUAUAAAUGUAUACAGUUUGGGUUUUCUUGUAAGUGAGCAUGGAAGCGUUGCAGGGUUACUUAAUACUAGUCUUAACAUUUUCGGUUUUUGGUUCUUUUUGUUUUUUUUUAAUGGCAGCUAAAGAUACAUAUACAGAUUACUGUUAAAACUGCAACCUUUUUUUUAAGAUGUAGUCUCAUAUUUUGGAACAUGCAAGCCUGGUAUUUUUAAUCAAAUGAAAUAUUUACGGAAUGGGUUUCUUCUUCAUUCUAAAUUCAUCAGAACCUUCCAAUAACAGCCUAUUGUGAUAUUUACAAUAUCUACCAAACCUAAAAAUUUUGCAAAUACUAGGAUUUUACCAGUGUUUCUUUGAUAAACUGUGUGUGCAGAAUUUGAAAUUUUAACAUUGGCUCCUAAAACCUACACAGAAUACAGGUGUGUAAUACAUUAGAAUUUAUACUGAAACAUAAGUUCCUUUUGAAACGAAGUAUAAAACUUUAUACAGAUUUUCCAUUUUAUCAACUGGAAUACUUUAUAUUAGUUUUUUUCACUCCACAUUCCUCAUUUUCAUUCACUUAACCUGCCAAGUAUUUAAUUAUUUUUUAUUGCAAAGUAGUUUUUAAUAUUUACUUCAUGUAUUUAUUUUUUUACUUCGCUACCUUUACAGAUUGGUAGCCUUUAUUUGUCCCCCUUGAUAAAAAUGUGUACAUAUGUGCAUAUAUAUAUA